CGUGGCCGCGUCACAGCACACAGACAUCGGCGAAGCAAAGCGCACCACGCACACGGAAAGAGAGGAGAGGUCACAUCGCGGCGGCGGCGGCGAGGAUGUUGGCGGUGUUUGAUCCGACGGUGGCCAAGUGCCCGGAGGGCCUCCGGAGCCCGCCGGUGGCCGGCGGCGCCGUGGCGGCCGGCGGCGCGGGCGCGCUGAUGAAGGGCUUCGCCGGAGCGCACGCCGACGCGGUCACCGUCAGCCUGGGCCCCGCCGGCGCCCUCGCCUACUCGGCGGCCAACCAGAGCCCCCUCGUCCCCAGGUUGUUUGGUGCUGUGAAUGACAUAUUCUGCCUGUUCCAAGGACACAUUGAGAACAUUGCCAGUCUGAAGCAACACUAUGGUCUGAGCAAGACAGCAACUGAGGUUACCAUCCUGAUUGAGGCCUACAGGACCCUCAGGGACAGGGGCCCUCUCCCAGCUAGUCAGGUCGUGAGAGAUCUCAGCGGGAAGUUCACGUUCAUCCUGUAUGACACUCUGUCAAAAUCCACCUUCGUUGCUGCAGAUGCUGAUGGUAGCAUUCCUUUCUUCUGGGGCGUUGACUCCGAGAACCACCUUGUGUUCUCUGACAAUGUUGACCUUCUCAAGGCAUCCUGCGGGAACUCGUUUGCGCCAUUCCCCAAAGGCUGCUUCUACACCACCUCUGGAGGGCUGCAGAGCUUCGAGCACCCGCUGAACGAGCUGAAGCCUGUGCCGCGGGUCGACAGCCAGGGCCAGAUGUGCGGCUCCAACUACAAGGUCGACAGCGAGGCCAAGAAGGACUCCGGGAUCCCUCGGGUCGGCAGCGCCGCAGACUGGUCCAACCAUUUCUGAGGCAAAGAUACCAUUGAGAUGGCUUCCAUUUUACCAUUUCGGCAUUUCCAGUUGUGGACUCUGCCCUGUAUGUCUGAUGCUGAAGUACUCAAGAACCACUCCUGAGACGACGCGCUAGGUUUUACUUUCAGGCGUCCGUAAAACUCUUCUGCAAACAUUCAGAGCAUUGCUAUCUUUCUACGUCAUAGUACUGAAUACUGAUACUUAUGUAAUCUGAUGAUACCACGUUGUGGUUGAGGUCUAUCUCUCGUGUUCUGAUAAAUAAAGCUCAAUGAAAGCUUCAGAUAUGUGGUACUGUUGGCA